AUGUCUGCACCAUCGACAUCAACACCCAUAGACCUAUACCAGCCCUUCCCACAGGGACGAACACUGACGAUCACCCCCACCCCCGCCUCCUCCUCCUUCAUCCCCCAAUACCUAGCCACCACCUUCCCAGCCCACGCGCCCAUCUCCCACAUCUACACAAACCGGCUCCAAGCAAAACAGCUCAUCCUCUCCAACCCCGCGCGCGCAUCCCGGCGUGCCCAGUUGCUCGCAGAGCGCUCGGCUGCCCAGGCGGCGACUAAACGCCGUGCGCGGAUAGGAAGGAAGGAGGCGAAGCGCUCUGGCGUGUGGGAUCUCAAGGAGGGGGAAGCGAGAUGGUCCCUGUUUUGGCCUAUCCACCUCCUUUGGCUGGGGUACAUCGCUGAGCUUCUCCAGCUCCCACCACCAGCGAACGAAGAGACACUCCAUUCCCUUGAUCGGGCAAGCCACAAGCUCCCGAACGUCCCUUCCAUCCAGGCGAAACUUGUCAAAGCCGACCUGCACGGGUCGGUCCUCUCUGUCAAGCGGGCGAAGAACUUGGACCUCCAAGGCGCGGGCGGGAUCGUCCUACGCGAAACGGAGAACACGUUCCGCGUCAUUACAGCCAAGGACGAGCUCCAGGUCCUCCCCAAGAAGGGGUCAGUGUUCACCCUCCGCAUCCCGGUGUAUGCGGUUAACCCUGCUGCUUCUACUGCCGAGGGGGGAGGGACAGGAGGUGGCCCGGAGAUGGAGUUUGAGAUGUAUGGGAAUCAGAUGUGCUUUAGGAGCAGUGACAGGGCGAGCAGGAAGUUUAAGUUUAAGGACACGAUCGAGCUGUAAAUAGGUGGCCAUUCGUGUUAGGAUUGCGUCUGCACUUCUAUCUAGACUUGUUUCAAAUAGC